UAUUGAACCUUAGCUAUAUUCAAAAGGAGAGAAAUCAAAGCCAAGCAGUGUGAGCAAAUGGAUGUUCUCUUGCUUUCUAUUUCUUUCUUUCUAUUGUCCGUCAUCUUUGCCUUCAACUUUCUUCUGCGACAUCAUAGCCUAAACCUCCCACCAACCCCACCUUUUUGUCUUCCAUUCAUAGGCCAUUUUCAUCUCCUCAGACAUCCUGUCCAUCAAACACUUCAAAACCUCUCCCAAAAAUAUGGCCAUGUCUUCUCUCUUUGAUUCGGUUCCCGUCUUGUCGUAGUAGUUUCUUCUCCCUCUACCGUGCAAGAAUGCUUUACAAAGAAUGAUAUCAUUCUUGCGAAUCGUCCUUUCACGAAAACUAUAAACUACUUAGCAUACAAUCAAACUACGAUGGGGUUCUCUCCUUAUGGCGAACAUUGGUGAAACCUCCGUCGAAUCAGCUCCCUCGAGAUUUUCUCAGCGAAUCGCCUCAAAUUGUUCUUGGGAAUUCGAGAAGAUGAAAUCAAAUGUUUGCUAUGUAAGUUAUGUAGUAAUUAUUCUAAGUUGGAAGAUGAGUUUAGAGUAGUGAAAUUGGAGCCUUUGUUGCAAGAUCUUACAUUGAAUGUUGUUAUGAGAAUGGUGUGUGGUAAGAAGUUUUAUGAAGAAGAUUAUUCUAACAAGUUUAGAGAGUUGGUGACACAAAUUAUGGCACAUGGUGGGGCAACUAAUCCAGGAGACUUCAUACCCUUAUGGAAUUGGAUUGAUCCAACUGGUUUUAUGAAGAGGGUAAAGAAGCUUGCAAAGACAUCAGAUGAAUUUCUUCAACAGUUAAUUGAUGAGAUUAGGAAUCAAAAUGAUGGAGGGAACACUAUGAUUCAUCAUUUACUUAGCUUGCAAAAUAUUGAGCCUCAAUAUUACAGCGAUCAAACUAUCAAAGGACUCAUUCAAGAUAUAUUAUUAGCCGGGAUCGACACGACAGCUGUGACUUUGGAAUGGACGCUAUCUCAAUUGCUCAACAAUCCAGAGGUGUUAGAAAAAGCAAAAGUUGAGAUAGACAGUUCAAUUGGGCAUGAACGUCUAGUUAAUGAAGCUAAUUUGCCAAGUUUGAGUUACCUUCAAGGAAUAAUCUCUGAGUCUUUACGUCUUAACCCACCUGUUCCUUUGCUUGUGCCACAUUGUGCAUUAUUUGAAGAGUGCAAAAUAGAAGGAUAUGAUGUUCCACGUAAUACAAUUAUAUUGAUUAAUGUUUGGGCUAUUCAUAGAGAUUCAAGUAUUUGGGAAGAUGCCACAAGCUUUAAACCUGAAAGACAUGCAAGUGGGAUUGAAGUUGAUUAUUCAUAUAAACUAAUACCAUUUGGAAGUGGGAGGAGAGCAUGUCCUGGUGUAGGAAUGGCUCAACGAGUGGUUGGUUUGACUCUAGCAUCAUUGAUACAAAGCUUUGAAUGGAAAAGAGUGAACAACUCAUUAAUUGACAUGAAUGAAGGUAAAGGACUCACAAUGCCCAAAACUCGACCAUUGGUAGCCAAGUGUAAACCACGUCCAAUCAUGAAAAUUAUUUUGAAUGCACGUAGUAAUUGACAAUAUUUGAGCUAAAAUAAACAUAGUUCAACUGGCAUAAUACUUGUACUAUCAAAUUUGAAGCAAAAAUUUUAAUUCCUUCACUCCACAUAUUGUAAAUAAAUGAUAAUAUUUGAAACUUAAAUAUGACCUUAAAAACUAAUGACAUAAUGUAAUGUCACUAUGAGUAUUAUCAUUUGAAGUAAUGGAACAGAUCGUGGUUAUAAUAAAAAAUUAUAUAGUUUGCUAUACAUUCAUUUUUUGUGUGAUAGACUCUUAUCAGCAGUAGACCAUUUUUAUAGUUUACCUCUAUGAUCUUAUCACAUUAUUUUUUUUUUUUUUUUUUGGAGUCUUUGAAAGAUGUCUGUCACUUUUAACUAUUGAUAUGUCCAUUAGUGAUAUUUUUUUUUUCUACUAUUGAUAGACUAUUUUUAUGUCAAUUAGCAACCAUUUCUAGAUGUUUGUAACCGAACGUUGACCUUCUAGUAUUUGGACAAAAGUGUUGCUAUAUUGGUUAUUUAGUUUUGUGAAAUAUUGCUGG